AUGGCUAUUCUCAGCGCUGAGCAAUUUACCUUCCUUACCCUUACCCUCGGCGAUGUCCCCGUUCUUCUCUUCUUCCUUGGAGCGAGUUGGGUGGUAUGCCAGCUGCUCUUAGUGAUAUACAACCUAUCACCCCUUCACCCGUUGAGCCAUAUCCCCGGACCACUACUAGCAAGAGCAACAUAUCUGCCCGAGAUAUACUACGACAUUAUAAACUAUGGACAAUACACCAAGCGGAUCAAGCAGAUGCAUGCUAAAUAUGGCCCCAUAAUCCGCAUCAACCCCAACGAGGUGCACUGCAGCGACGUCAGCUUCAUCGACGAGAUCUACACAGCCCCCAACCGCAAGAGGGACAAGGGGGAACUAGUGGCCAGUGGCAUGCUACCCGUCAGCGGCGGCCUCAGCACCGUCGACCACAACCUGCACCGGGCGCGGCAAACCCCCGUGAUGAAGUUUUUCUCCCGCGGGAUGAUCACGCGUCUGGAGGAUGAGGUCCACGAGAUGACGCAGGCGUUCUGCAACAAGCUGCUGCGAUUCACCGACGAGCCCAUCGACCUGAGCGUCCCGUAUACGUGCCUCGGGUCCGACAUCAUCUGCAGCUACUGCUUUGGCGAGACGUUCGGCUUCAUCGACCAGGAGGGCUGGGAGCCUAACUUCCACCACGCCGAGCUCUCUACUCUGCGGCCCACUCACCUUUUUCGGCUUUUCCCGUAUCUCAAGAAGCUCGCCCCCUUUGGCGACAGACUCAUCAACUACCUGCCCGCCGACAUCGCGCUCCUCAUCCGGACCUACAACAUCGACAUCCCGAACCACAUCAAGAAGAUAAAAGCCGACAUGGACGCCGGGACCCUGCGGGACCGCCCCACCAUCUUCCGCACCCUGCUGGAGCUGAAGCCCGAGCAGAAGCGCGUCGUCGAUCUCCACGACGAGGCCAUCACCCUCCUCGGGGCAGGGACAGAGACCGUCAGCUGGGCGCUGGCCGUGAUCACCUUCCACAUACUCAACAGCAACGAACGCUGCAUUCUUGAGAAGCUGACAGCGGAGCUGAACCAGGUCGUGAAGGAUCCGCGGAGCCUGCCGAGGUGGAACGAGCUGGAGAAGCUGCCGUAUCUGCAGGCCGUGAUCAAAGAGGGCCUGCGCCUCUCCUACGGCAUCGCCGGCCGCUCCGCCCGCGUCCCAAAACAAGAAAAUCUCUUCUACCGCGGCGAGUGGCAGGGGAAGCCCGUCGAGUACGUGAUACCGCAGGGGUACGCGAUCGGGACCUCAAACGCGCUCACGCACCACGACGAGAGCAUAUUCCCGGACUCGCACUCGUUUAUCCCCGAGAGGUGGAUGGACGUCAAGGAGGGGCAGUCGCCGGAGCGCGGGUUCAUGGCGUUCUCGAGGGGCAGUAGGGCGUGUGUGGGGAAGAACCUCGCCUACUGCGAACUCAACGUCGUUCUGUCGGCGCUUGUUCUGCGCGUCAUGCCGCGGAUGCGGCUCUUUGAGACAACGGCGGAGGACGUGGCGUAUGCGUACGACAUGGUUAUCCCGAUGCCUAGGGCUGAUAGUAAAGGGGUUCGUGUGGUAAUCUCGCCCACCUAGACGAAUGCCGAGUUUCUGUUGUCCAAGGGACUGUCACUACUUAUACUGGUUUAGGGGAGACUGUGUGUUGUGGUUGUAAUGGAAUGUUGUUAUAAGUGUGCAUAACUAGGUACUCUAUACUUCUUCAAGCUGCGGGCUUGAGGAUGAUGCAUAGGUACAAACCUAGGUAGAUUGCUCGGAUAACGUUGGAGUUGGGAAGUUGGUUUCCAUACUCUCUUAAUGGCUUGUACCUAUAUGAUAGCACAUGAAAGAUUUAUCCAGCUUUAAC